GCUGCCAGUCUGCGCCGGGCGGCGGCGGCGGUGGAACCCGAGACAUGGCGUCGUCGGCGCGCAGCUUCGGGCCCGAGCGGGAGGCCGAACCGGCUAAGGAGGCGCGCGUUCUGGGCUCGGAGCUCGUGGACACGUACACGGUUUAUAUCAUCCAGGUCACCGAUGGCAACCAUGAGUGGACAGUCAAGCAUCGCUACAGCGACUUCCAUGACCUGCAUGAAAAGCUUGUUGCAGAGAGGAAGAUUGAUAAAAAUCUGCUACCACCCAAAAAGAUAAUUGGGAAAAACUCGAGAAGCUUGGUGGAGAAGAGGGAGAAGGAUCUGGAGGUCUACCUCCAGACCCUCCUGGCCACCUUUCCCAUUGUGGCCCCAAGAGUGCUGGCCCACUUCUUGCAUUUUCACUUCUAUGAGAUUAAUGGCAUCACUGCAGCACUGGCCGAGGAGCUCUUUGAGAAAGGAGAACAGCUUCUGGGGGCCGGCGAGGUCUUUGCCAUCGGGCCACUGCAGCUCUAUGCGGUCACCGAGCAGUUGCAGCAGGGAAAGCCCACAUGCACCAGUGGGGAUGCCAAGACCGACCUUGGGCACAUCCUGGACUUCACUUGUCGCCUUAAGUACCUUAAGGUUUCUGGCACAGAAGGGCCUUUUGGGACCAGCAAUAUUCAGGAGCAGUUCCUGCCUUUCGAUCUAUCAAUAUUCAAGUCUCUUCAUCAGGUGGAGAUAAGCCACUGUGAUGCUAAGCACAUCCGAGGACUGGUUGUGUCGAAGCCUACCUUAGCCACGAUGAGCGUCCGCUUCUCAGCAACCUCGAUGAAGGAAGUCCUUGUUCCCGAAGCCUCAGAAUUUGAUGAGUGGGAGCCAGAAGGCGCAAACCUGGAGGGACCUGUGACUGCCAUCAUCCCCACGUGGCAAGUGCUGACCACUCUUGACCUGAGCCACAACAGCAUCUCCGAGAUCGACGAGUCUGUGAAACUGAUUCCAAAGAUUGAGUUCCUGGACCUUAGUCACAAUGGAGUGCUGGUCGUGGACAAUCUGCAGCACCUGUCGAACCUCAUUCACCUGGACCUGUCCUACAACAGACUGUCCUCCUUGCAAGGGGUUCACACCAAACUGGGCAACAUCAAGACCCUGAACCUGGCGGGCAACCUCCUGGAGAGCCUGAGUGGCCUCCACAAGCUCUACUCACUGGUCAACCUGGAUCUCAGUGACAACAGAAUCCAGCAGAUGGAGGAGGUCAGGAGCAUAGGCAGCCUCCCAUGUCUGGAGCACGUGGCUCUGCUGAACAACCCCCUGAGCAUCAUCCCUGACUACCGGACCAAAGUGCUCGCCCAGUUCGGGGAGCGGGCCUCCGAGGUCUGCCUGGACAACACAGUGACCACAGAGAAGGAGCUAGACACUGUGGAAGUGCUGAAAGCGAUUCAGAAAGCUAAGGAGGUCAAGUCCAAACUGAGCAACUCAGACAAGAAGGUUGGUGAGGACUCCCGGCUCUCGGCUGCCUCCUGCGUCAGACCCAGCAGCUCUCCUCCCACCAUGGCUCCCACCUCUGCCUCCCUGCCUCAGCCCAUCCUUUCCAACCAAGGAAUCAUGUUCGUGCAGGAGGAGGCCCUGGCCAGCAGCCUUUCGUCCACGGACAGCUUGCCUCCUGAUGACCGGCCCAUUGCUGGGGGCUGCUCAGACUCCCUGGAAUCCAUCCCCGCGGGACAGGCAGCUUCUGACGAUUUAAGGGAUGUGCCUGGAGCUGUUGGUGGUGCAAGCCCAGAGCAUGCGGAGCCGGAGGUCCAGGUGGUGCCUGGGUCCGGCCAGAUCAUCUUCCUGCCCUUCACCUGCAUUGGCUACACGGCCACCAACCAGGACUUCAUCCAGCGCCUGAGCACACUGAUCCGCCAGGCCAUCGAGCGGCAGCUGCCUGCCUGGAUCGAGGCUGCCAACCAGCGGGAGGAGGGCCAGGGCGAGCAGGGUGAGGAGGAGGAGGAGGAGGACGACGAGGAUGCUGCCGAGAACCGCUACUUUGAAAUGGGGCCCCCGGACGUGGAGGAAGAGGAGGAGGGUGGCCGAGGGGAGGAAGACGAGGAGGAGGAGGAAGAGGAGGGCGAGGAGGAGCGGCUGGCCCUGGAGUGGGCCCUGGGUGCCGACGAGGACUUCCUGCUGGAACACAUCCGCAUCCUCAAGGUGCUGUGGUGCUUCUUGAUCCACGUGCAGGGCAGCAUCCGCCAGUUUGCGGCCUGCCUGGUGCUGACUGACUUCGGCAUCGCGGUCUUCGAGAUCCCGCACCAGGAGUCACGUGGCAGCAGCCAGCACAUCCUCUCGGCCCUCCGCUUCGUCUUCUGCUUCCCGCACGGCGACCUCACCGAGUUCGGCUUCCUCAUGCCCGAGCUGUGUCUGGUGCUGAAGGUGCGGCACAGCGAGAACACACUGUUCAUCAUCUCCGACGCCGCCAACCUGCACGAGUUCCACGCCGCCCUGCGCGCCUGCUUCGCCCCGCAGCACAUGGCCAUGCUCUGCAGCCCCGUGCUCUACGGCAGUCACGUCAGCCUGCAGGAGUUCCUGCGCCAGCUGCUCACCUUCUACAAGGUGGCCGGCGGCUGCCAGGAGCGCAGCCAGGGCUGCUUCCCCGUCUACCUGGUCUACAGCGACAAGCGCAUGGUGCAGACGGCCGCCGGGGACUACUCGGGCAACAUCGAGUGGGCCAGCUGCACGCUCUGCUCGGCCGUGCGGCGCUCCUGCUGCGCGCCCUCCGAGGCCGUCAAGUCUGCCGCCAUCCCCUACUGGCUGCUGCUCACGCCCCAGCACCUCAACGUCAUCAAGGCUGACUUCAACCCCAUGCCCAACCGGGGCACCCACAACUGCCGCAACCGCAAUAGCUUCAAGCUCAGCCGCGUGCCUCUCUCCACCGUGCUGCUGGACCCCACACGCAGCUGCACCCAGCCGCGUGGUGCCUUUGCCGACGGCCACGUGCUCGAGCUGCUCGUGGGCUACCGCUUUGUCACCGCCAUCUUCGUGCUGCCCCACGAGAAGUUCCACUUCUUGCGUAUCUACAACCAGCUGCGGGCCUCGCUGCAGGACCUGAAGACGGUGGUCAUCGCCAAGGCCCCGACGACUGUGGGCGGGUCCCGGGGCCCUCUGGGGGAGGGCCAGCCUGCUGAGAGCAGAGCCAGCAAUGACCAACGUCCCCAGGAAGCCCCCACUGAGAUCCCAGUGGAGGCCCCAGCCCUGGCCACUGUGAAGGUCCCAGCUCCGGCGUCAGCAGAGACUGAGGCCCCAGUCCUGAUGAAGACCCCAGCGCCAGCUCCAGUGGAGGCCCCAGCAUUGGCUCCAGCAGAGGCCCCAGGCCUGGUGAAGACACCAGUGCCGGCUCCAGCAGAGGCCCCAAGCCCAGUAAAGACCCCAGCACCGGCUCCAGCAGAGGCCCCAGGCCCGGGGAAGACCCUAGCACCGGCUCCAGCCAAAGCCGAGGCCCCAGCUCUGGUCUCAGUGGAGGCCCCGGUGGAAGCCUUGGCCCCAGUGCAGGAUCCAGUGGAGGCCUCAGCCCCAGCAGAGACCCCAGCACAAGCAGAGGCCCCAGCCCAGUACCCAAGUGACCACCUGAUCCAGUCCACCUCCGAGGAGAAUCAGAUCCCCUCGCACCUGCCCGCUUGCCCAUCACUCCGGCACAUCGCCAGCCUGCGGGGCAGCACCAUCAUCGAGUUCUUCCACAGCAGCAUUGCUGAGGUGGAAAACGAGGAGCUGAGGCACCUCAUGUGGUCCUCCGUGGUGUUCUACCAGACGCCAGGGCUGGAGGUCACCGCCUGCGUGCUGCUCUCCACCAAGGCAGUGUACUUGGUGCUACACGAUGGUCUCCGCCGUUACUUCUCAGAGCCGCUCCAGGAUUUCUGGCAUCAGAAAAACACCGACUACAACAACAGUCCCUUCCACAUCUCCCAGUGCUUUGUCCUAAAACUCAGUGAUUUGCAGUCAGUCAACGUUGGGCUUUUUGACCAGUAUUUCCGGCUGACAGGUUCCUCCCCGGUGCAGGUGGUUACGUGCUUGACGCGGGACAGCUACCUGACGCACUGCUUUCUCCAGCACCUCAUGGCGGUGCUCUCCUCACUGGAGCGCACGCCCUCACCUGAGCCUGUCGACAAGGACUUCUACUCCGAGUUUGGGGACAAGAGCAGAGGAAAGAUGGAGAACUACGAGCUGAUCCACUCGAGCCGCGUCAAAUUCACCUACCCCAGCGAGGAGGAGAUCGGAGACCUGACAUUCAUUGUGGCCCAGAAGAUGGCUGCCGCGGAGCAGGCUCCGGCCCUCAGCAUCCUGCUGUACGUGCAGGCCUUCCAGGUGGGCACCCCACCACCUGGGCGCUGCAGGGGCAUGCUGCGCCCCAAGACCCUCUUGCUCACCAGUGCCGAGAUCUUUCUCUUGGAUGAGGACUACGUCCACUACCCGCUGCCUGAGUUCGCCAAAGAGCCACCACAGAGGGACAGGUACCGGCUGGACGACGGCCGCCGUGUCCGAGACCUGGACCGUGUACUCAUGGGCUACCAGACCUACCCACAGGCCCUCACCCUCGUCUUUGAUGACGUGCAGGGCCACGACCUCAUGGGCAACGUCACCCUGGACCACUUUGGGGAGGUGCCAGGGGGUCUGGCCACGGCUGGCCAGGGCCGCGAGGUCCAGUGGCAGGUAUUUGUCCCCAGUGCUGAGAGCCGCGAGAAGCUCAUCUCGCUGUUGGCCCGCCAGUGGGAGGCCCUGUGCGGCCGUGAGCUGCCCGUUGAGCUCACCGGCUAGCUCAGGCACAGCCAGCCCUUGCUGCCCACUUAGGCAGGGAAGCAGGCUUUUUUUGUUCUUUUUAAAAAUGUUUUCUCCUCCCUUUUUGGUACCUUAAUUUGACUGUCAAUGUGGAGAAUGUAAACACAUGGGUUCAGUUAGUUCUUUACAGUCCUGGGGGUCAAACACCAGGCCCAUGAGGGGCUGUCCCUGCCCGUCAGCCUCCUGUAGGCUUGUUGCCCGUCUGCAGUGUGGCUUGGCUGGGCCCACCAGUGUCGUGUCUUUUGUCAUGGGACCAUGUUAACAAGUGGCGCUGUGGAUCUGUUUUACUCUUUUACACAUCUUUUCUGAAGUGUCAAAUGCAGUCCUUUGUCGCUGUUGUCGUUGUUGGCAUUUUGCUGCUAAUCAUGACGCUGGUAGCAAAGUGCACGUUAGAAGCCCCCACCCGUGCCAUUUUUCAAAGUGGAAGCCUCCCUGGUCCAGACAGGUGGGCGAGCCCCUUGGGGGGCAGGGGUCCUCCAGGCCUUGGGGCUGAGAGGAAUGGGGGCAGGGGACCUAGAGCUGCCAGCACCCAGCGUGAUUCCUGUUGCCUAUUUUCUCUAUUCCAAUAAAGCAGAGUUUGACACAG